AUGGACGCGGCCACAGACCAGACUAUCCUCCGUCAUGAGGUGGCGGAGGUGGCCUUCGGCUUCUACAGCGAUGCCGAGAUUCGUGACCUAAGUGUCAAACAACUUACGAGCCGUUUGAGCUUUGACUCGCUCAACAACCCCGUGGUGGGCGGCCUGUAUGACCCGGCAUUGGGUCCCGUGGACUUCAACAUGAUCUGUCCUACUUGUCACCAGACGCAAAAGGAAUGUCCUGGCCAUCUCGGCCACAUCGAGCUGCCUGUGCCCGUGUACAACCCCGUGCUCUUCGGCCAGAUGCUCAACCUGCUCAAGCGCAAAUGCUUCACGUGCCACAAAUUCCGUGUUGCUAGCGCUCGCUCGCGUGUGGUACGCGUUAAGAUCCUUCUGCUUGACAAUGGCUUCGACAACGAGGCGGGCCAGCUAGGCGAAUUGCUCGAACAGCGCAAUGGCGUUGAGGACGAGCCUCCGCAGCGCACUUUCCAGCGGCAGCAGGCCAUUCUGGACGAGUACGAGCGGCUGGCGCUCUCCAAGAGCAUCACCAGCACUAACGGCAAGACGCAACUGCUGCGUCCGUUGCCUCGCGUUGCUGAGGUGACGCGUGAGAAGCUUGUGAUUGAGUUCCUUAAGAGCAUGAAGAACAAGUGCGAGAAUUGUGGAGCCAUCUCGCCAGCAAUCAGACAGGACGCCAAUGCUAAAAUCUUCCUCAAGGGACUCAGUGCACGCUCUCGCAAGGUCAACCGCUCCAAGAACCUGACGGUGACGUCAGCUCUGGACACGAUCCGCGGCAAUGUGUCGGACAAUAAAGACGAGAAUAUGAACGGUGACGACUCUGAGUCGGAAUUGGAGGACGACGAAGAUACGUACGCAGCCACAGAGGACUCGUCAUCGCGCAGCAAGUUCCUGCCGCCUCUGGAGGUGCAGUCGCAGCUGCAAUUGAUGUGGCAGAACGAGGAUGGACUCAUGGAAAUGCUUUAUGGUGACCGCAACAUUGCUAGUGGCCGUGUCUCUGGCCGCAAGCCUGACGGCUGGCGCAAAUUCUUCCUGAACGUGAUCCCUGUUGCACCUUCACGUUUUCGUCCGCCUGUAUUCAUGGGCGAUAAGCAGUUCGAGCACGCGCAGAACUCGCACUUGUCGAAGAUUAUGACUUAUAGUGAAAGUAUUGUUCAGAGCGACUACUACAAACGCCAGGCCGCUACUACGUCGGACGAGGAUGACGCCGAGAAGGAGGAGCAGGUGAAUCUCUCACGAAAACUCGCUCUGUGGACGGAACUGCAGAACGCAGUCAACCUUCUGGUGGAUAGCAGCAAGGCCAAGCCAGGCACUGACGUCGCGCAGGGCAUCAAACAGGUUAUUGAAAAGAAGGAGGGUCUUUUUCGUAAGCACAUGAUGGGUAAGCGUGUCAACUACGCUGCUCGGUCGGUUAUCUCUCCUGACCCGUACAUCAGUACCAGCCAGAUUGGUGUGCCGCUACGUUUCGCCAAGACUCUCACGUACCCUCAGCCAGUGACGCCGUGGAAUGUGGAGGAAAUGCGUCAGCUUGUUAUCAACGGACCGGACGUGCACCCUGGUUCAAACUUCGUGGAGAGCGAGAAUGGACGCCUCAUUGAUUUGAGCAAGCGUACCCCGCACCAGCGUGAGGCUAUCAGUAAGACUCUGCUGACCCGUUCUGCAAGCGCCCAGGGCACCAGUAAGAACCGUGUGAAGCGUGUGUGGCGCCACCUGAAGACUGGUGAUGUGGUGUUAAUGAACCGUCAGCCGACGCUGCACAAGCCCAGUAUUAUGGCCCACACCGCGCGUGUUCUGACAAACCCGAAGAUGCAGACGAUUCGUAUGCACUAUGCCAACUGUAAUACGUUCAACGCCGAUUUCGAUGGUGACGAGAUGAACAUGCACUUUCCGCAGAACGAGCUGGCGCGUUCGGAGGCUUACAACAUCGCGUCUAAUGACAACCAGUACAUUGUGCCGACGGAUGGCUCGCCUCUGCGUGGUCUUAUUCAAGAUCACGUCGACUCCGGUGUGAAGCUAACUCAGCGUGACACGUUCUUGAACAAAGACAUGUACAUGCAGCUACUGUACAAUGCCUGGGCUAGUAUGGAGGAUUCUGGUGUGGAGAAGGCGCACAUUGAGACUGUGCCGCCUGCUAUUCUCAAGCCGGAGCCCCUCUGGACGGGCAAGCAGGUUAUCACCUCGGUGCUUAAGCUUCUGACAAAGGGCCUCCCGCCUCUGAACCUGGACAGCAAGGCGAAGAUUAAGGGCGACUUGUACGGCUCGGCGAACAACGAGCACGUUGUGAUAUUUCGCGAUGGCGAGCUGCUUCAGGGUGUGCUGGACAAAAGUCAGUUUGGUGCGAGCAUGUAUGGUAUGGUUCACGCAUGCUACGAAGUGUAUGGUGCCCGUAUUGCCGCCGAUUUCCUUUCUGCGCUUGGUCGUCUGUUCACGUGCUACCUGCAAUUUGCUGGACACACUUGUGCUAUGGAGGAUCUGACGCUAAACAUCGCAGCUGAGAAGCGCCGCCAAAAGCUGGUCAAGGACUCUGAAGUCAUGGGCGAGGAGGCGUAUGCUGAGUUUGCUGGUCUUACUGAGCUGCUCGAAAAGAAGCGAGCAGGUGAGAAGGCUGGAAAGAAGCGUCGCAUGAACGAGGAGGAGCGCGCCCAGAUCCGCGAUCGAAUGCGUACGCUGCUGUCUGGGCCUGACGCAGAUUACAACGCUAAGGCUCUUGAUGCUCACAUGAUGGGCUGCGUGCACGGAUCGAACAGUGACAUUAUCAAGACGUGUCUGCCGUCCGGUCAGUCCAAGGCGUUCCCGAAGAACAACUUCUCUCUGAUGGUGCUGACUGGUGCUAAGGGCUCCAUGGUGAACCACUCACAGAUUUCCUGUGGUCUUGGUCAGCAGGCCCUUGAAGGUCGUCGUGUGCCUAUUCUGUGCAGUGGUCGAUCGCUUCCGUCGUUCGAGCCCUUCGACCCUGCUCCGCGCGCUGGUGGUUACGUUACAGAUCGCUUCCUUACUGGUUUGCGUCCUCAGGAGUACUAUCACCAUUGUAUGGCUGGCCGUGAAGGUCUUGUCGAUACCGCUGUGAAGACCAGUCGCAGUGGUUACCUACAGCGUUGUCUGAUCAAGCACCUGGAAGACUUAAACGUUGGCUACGAUCACACUGUCCGCAACAGCGAUGGAGGCGUGAUCCAGUUCUUGUACGGUGAAGAUGGUAUUGACCCGGUGCAAAGUGCCAUGCUGUCUGGGAAGGACACACAGUUCGACUUCCAGGCGAUGAACCACCGCAGUAUUUCACACAAGUACGGUAUUAAUGCCAAGUUCUUCGAAAAGACCAAACUGGACAUUAUGAAGCCGCUAAAGCUACACCAGGAGGUUCGUGAGGCUAAGGAGAAUAACUACGGCAGCUCGUCCUCGCUGCUGAAGGCUGGUGUGAAGAUUAUGGCCCGCCGUCUGAAACAGGGCGAGACCAAGUGGAAACGUGGCAACAUUGAGCUAGGCUUCCAUGCUGCUGAGAUUGUGGCGGUGGCCGGGGCAAACGAGGACGGACGUGAGUGCAAGUACGACAUCAAAUACCUGGACACUGGUCUGAAGUCGUUCGGUGUUCCUCGCACUGCCAAGUUCAAGGCCACCAAGCCGACCAACGCCACUCGUGCUAUGUCUGGUCGGGUAGACAUCAUCAAGGUGUCGCUUGAGGAUCCGGUGAUGCAGAGUUUGCCUCUGAGCGAGCACGUUGGUUUAAUUUCGGAGCGUAUUCAGGACAAACUGCGCAACUAUAACACGCGCAACCCGUCCAACUGCCUCGAGCUGAUGAAAAAGAAGAAGAAGAGCAAGAAGUCGAAGAAGAGUAAGCACGCUGCUGAUGACGAAGUUGACCGGGAGGUCAUGCAGUCGAAGCACGCCGUGAGCCCCGACGCUUUCCAACUUCUGGUGUGGGUGAACUACUUGCGCAGUAUGUGCGCUCCUGGUGAGAACGUGGGUAUCCUGGCUGCCCAGGGUAUCGGUGAACCGUCGACACAGAUGACGCUUAACACGUUCCAUCUUGCUGGUCACGGUGCCGCAAACGUGACGCUGGGUAUUCCUCGUUUGCGUGAAAUUAUCAUGACAGCUAGUCAGAAGAUGUCUACUCCUAUGAUGACGAUCCCUCUGCGCGACGAUGUCGAGUCGUCCCGGGCACAAGAAGUGGAGCAGCGUCUAAACCAGGUCGCUCUGUCAGAGCUCAUUAACAAUACCAACGGUGUUCGUGUCAAGGACCAGUUCCACAGCAGCGAAAACGGCAUUUUGUGGGUGCGCGAUUACCAGAUCCGCCUAAGUUUCUUCAAGCUUAAGGAGAUCAAGCGCGUGUUCGGAUUGAGUGCCGACCAGGUGUUCAACUCGGUUGGUCGAGGCUUCGUCGGUAAGCUGCUUACAUUAAUUUCUCGUGAAAUGAAGAAGAGCGGUGUGACUGUUUCUGCUGCGGCGGAGAAGAACAACUUCAAGGCUCCUUCUGGCGCAGACAAGAAAAAGAACGAUGACGACGAAGAUGAUGACGAUGAACAGGGUACGCUUCGCUUUGGCAGCCGUGGUGAAGUGCAGGGCUAUGGUGAGAUGGACGAGGAGGACGAGAAGAUUCGUAAGGCACAGAUGGCAGAUGACUCGGACAUUGAUUCCUAUGAUGAGACUUCGGGCAACCAGAAGAACAAUGGCGCUGAUACGUCCGAUGACGAGUCCAUGGAGAAUGGUUCUGCGAAGAAGUCCAAGAAGCACCAAAAAAAGACUUUCACCGCUGAUGGUAUGGAUUCCCUUGAGGUCCCGAACAGCGUACGCAAGAACCCGUACUUCGUCUUCUGCGGACGCAACGACAAGGAGAACUACGUGGAGCUGCACCUGCGUUUCCCGACGCAUUCUAAGACGCUGUUGAUGGUGCCGCUUGUUGAAAGAGUCGCCAAGCAGGUGCUGGUGCAGUACUGCCCAGGCAUUUCGCGAUGCUACCUGAUUAACCAGCGCAUCGGCGAGGCGCAGGAGGAGAAGCCUUGCGUACAGACGGAGGGUCUUAACUUCCAGGAAAUCUGGGGCUUCGACCACAUCCUGGAUGUCAACAACCUUGCAACCAACGACAUAUACCAGGUGCUACAGACGUACGGUGUUGAGGCUGCUCGUGCAAGUAUUUCCAAGCAAAUUAUGGAGGUGUUCGGCGUGUAUGGAAUCAGUGUCGACCCCCGUCAUUUGAGCUUGCUGGCUGACUACAUGACCGCACAGGGCGGCUACAUGCCGCUCAACCGUAUGGGUAUGAACAACAAGGGCUCAUCACUGCAGCAGAUUACGUUCGAAACGUCCAUGAAGUUCCUGUCCCAGGCUGCUCUGGGUGGUUUGGUGGACAAGCUAGAGAGUCCAUCGGCUCGUAUUGUUCUAGGCCAGCCGCCGCGUGUGGGUACGGGCAGCUUCUCGCUUUUGCAGCCGAUUGCAUUAUAAGCGGAAAUCAUCCACCACCAUAGAAGUGCAACAGGUACAACACGAGCCAUGUUCAGGUCAUAUUUUCAUGACAACAACCUACAAUAUACACGUUCGUAAAGCUA